AUGGCUUCUUAUACUGUCACAACCGAAGAAGACAAUAUCUCAACACUGACGAUGCUCGGUCCGAACAAAGAGCAACCAGCAUUCGCAGCUCCAGGAUUUUGCUGGUCUGAUUAUAUCGUACACCGUCCAGUCUAUCCGUCUUCCUUUUGGGAACGCAUUUUUACAUAUCACGCUCAGAGCUCGAACAGCUGGGGAACUGCUCACGAUGUUGGAGCGGGGGCUGGUAUUGCUGCUCAAGAAUUAGCAAAGCGCUUCAACCAUAUCAUCGUUUCGGACCCAAAUGAAGGAUACGUUGGCAUCGCGUCUGAGAGGCUUGGCCAAUUCGGAUUCUGCAAAAGCAAGUUUGCCUUCCUUCAAGAGGGGGCUGAGGAAAGCUCUGUACCAAGUCAUCAAGUCGAUCUGCUCACAAUCUGUGAAGCUUUCCACUGGACAGACGUCUCAAAAGCCAUGGAUUCCUAUGCCCGCCAGCUAAAGCCCGGAGGAACGCUCUCAAUCAACUUCUAUGGCAUGCCUCAGCUGAUCAACAAUGAAAGCGCGCAACGAGUUUGGGGCGAAAUGAUUGAGAUCUGGGCGCAAAAGCUGCACAAUGCUGGUGGUAUCCUAUCUCGAGGAGUAGAACAUAUGAGUGCCGGGCUUGAUUCUGUACCAAUCCCAGAUCAGGACUUUGAGGCUGGCUCAAAGAGGAUCACUGUUGACACGGGCUGCAAGAUGAAGACUCUAAAUUCUGCGCUUUCGAUGGCACCUAAGCAAGUCGGACAAGGGGAAGUGAUGGAGCUGAUUGAGGACGACAAGGAAUGGCGAUCAAUGAGAGAUGUACAAUGGCUGAAGGGUUUCUUUGCGACUUUGUUGCCGAGAGUAGGUGAAGAAGAAAUUCAAGAUCUUUGGUCGGCGCUGGAGUCUUUCGCAGACGGUCAGAACGUUGAAAUUUCAUGGCCUCUUGAGCAGAUCCUGAGCACUAAGCGAUGGGUUGGAGCUGUUGCAAGUCUGUAA